AUGGAUACAUAUAAGGUGUCUGUAGAAGUUGGACUGAUAACUGGGACUAAUCAGGUGGACUUGAGACGCCAGCUGAUUUCCCAGACUGUGGAGGAGGUACAGAAAGUCGUGCAGUGUUUGACCACAGAAAUCAGCCACCAGGACAUUAGAUUUCAAGCUAUCUCUUGCUCUGACACAUACAAUGGGAACAUUAAGGUUUUGGCCCCCAGCCACUUCCUCAUCACAGUCCCAGUGAAAGGCCUGGCCGGGUACAGGGAGGCCAAGAAACGGCACUGGCGGUACUACACCCUGCAGGGUGCCAGACUCCCCAUCCCUGUGCAGAGCCCAGAGGACCUGCAGCAGUGGCUGGAGGUGGAGCAGUUUAUGAAGAGCCUGUGGCAGUGGCAUGAAGCAGAUGUGAACAUCGAGGGCGACAUCGUGCCUGCCAAGGUCCUCCGGGUGUUCCAGAAGCUGGUGGAAAAUGCAAUCAGAACCUGUCAUUUCCCAGGUAAGGUCAGCAUGCUCGACAGUUAUGGCUCUAUGGUUUGGGUUGCCGUGGAAACAACCACAUGUCAGGUGGAACUAGAGCUGGUCCCCACAGUGGAGAUCCCCACCUCCUGGUCUGCAAAAGCCCAGUGGCCCCGAUGUCUGAAGCGCUGGCCUUCCCCGGAGACAGUGGAGUGCAUCAAGUCAUUUGGGUUUAACUUGUUGGCCCAUUCAAACUAUCACUGGCAGCUGAGCUUCUGCCGGGCAGAGCAGGCACUUCUGGAGCUGCUGGAUGAAGAUGGCGGCUGCCGCAGGAAAUGCUUCAAGGUCAUGCGGCUGAUGAAGGAGAAUGUCUGGUGUCCGGGCAAGAGGCCAGUUCUCACAUCCCACCAUCUGCAGACAGUGCUCUUUUGGACGUGUGAGAAAUAUCCCCACUCCAAGGACUGGCAGGUUUUCAGCAAAUCAUUCCUGCGCCUGGUACAGAAACUACACAAGUGUGUGAGCCAGCACUUUCUGAAACACUAUUUCGUGCAAAAGAGCAACAUCCUGCGCUAUGCCAACUCAGCGGAACUGGAUGCCGUGGCGCAAAAACUGGCCGCCUUCCUGAAGAACCCCCAGAUCAGCCUGCCCUGA